AUGGAUUUAAUUCAGCAAAAUUACAAGGAUGAUUUCGAGGAGCAUUCAUCUAGUAGUCUUCCAAGUUCUCCUUGUAUAAACAAUACAGAUAGAGCCCCACAACUGAAUCCUCGAGUUGGUCAUGAAUACCAGGUGGAAGUUCCUUCCAUAAUAACUCGAUCAGAACAACUUCAGCUUCUAAUGAAUCCUGCUGAGUCAGAAGUUGGGAAUGACAACACACUUUCCUUUGCAAUUGGUUUACCCAUCCCUGUCACAUGGAUACUUAAUGAAGUGGAGAAUAGUAGACAUGAAGGCGACAAUGGCAAAAAAUUGAAACCAAUCACAUUUCAAUCUGUGAUGACAGGAGACAACAAUUCAAGCCAACUGGAUAAAAACAAAAAAUAUGCAUUGGUCCCUGACACAUCAACUAAAUCCUGGAGUGACAGUGAUGGAAAAACUUUUCUCCUUGGUUUGUAUAUUUUUGGAAAGAAUUUUAUCCAAAUAAAAAGAUUCUUAGAGAACAAAGGGAUGGGGGAAAUACUGGCAUUUUACCAUGGAAAGUUUUACAAAUCUGACGAAUAUUGCAGAUGGUCAAAGUGCAGGAAAAUGAAAGGAAUAAAAUCUGUGAUAGGAGAGAAACUUUUCACUGGACGGAGGCAACAUGAACUAUUGUCUCGCUUGAUUCCUCAUGUCUCAGUAGAAUCUAAACAUACUUUACUAAAGGUUUCCAAGUUAUAUUCGGAGAGAAGAGUUUCUCUAGAAGAAUACGUAUCUUCUUUAAAGUCUGUUGUUGGACUUGGUGUUCUUGUGGAAGCAGUAGGCAUUGGUAAGGAGAAGGAAGAUGACCUUACACGUCUUGCCUUGGAAGCUGGCAAAAACAAUCGGGUGUUUUCAAUUUGGUCUUAUCUUGGACCAAGUGAUAUAAUAAAGUCUUUAACUGGAUUGCGAAUGAGCAAGGCCAAGAGUAAUGAUCUCUUCUGGGAAGCUGUUUGGCCCCGCUUACUGGCAAGAGGUUGGCACUCUGAGCAACCAAGGAAUCAAGGCUAUGUCAGCUCCAAAGAUUACAUGGUUUUUCUUAUUCCUGGUGUUAAGAAGUAUUCAAGGGGAAAACUUGUGAAAGGUGAUCAUUUUUUUGAUUCUAUCAGUGAUGUCUUGAGCAAAGUGGUAGCUGAACCAAAUCUUCUUGAUGUUGAAGAAGAAGCCAAAGUUGAUGACAGUAAUGAUGAAGUGACAGAAAGUGGAUCGGAUGAAGAUGACCAAUCCGAUGAUUAUCAUAAUCAAUGUUAUCUUAAGCCCCGAGCUUCUACUUACAAUGCAGAUGAUACAAAAUUCAUGGUUGUAGAUACCAGUCUGGGGCAUGGAGAGAAUUCAUCUGAAUUAAGAGAAUUAAAACAUUUGCCUGUUAGUUCAGUGAAUAAAGUAGACGUAAAUGCUGGUGAUAUAACACAUAAAGUGACAAAAAAUAUGAGGAAGGUAAACCAUAAGGAGGAGAUGACUGAAAACAUUGAUCAAAAGUUGACUGAUACAAGUAUUCUUUUGAGAGAAAGUAAGGAUAGCUCUUAUGAUGAUUCACCAAGUGUGGUGGAAACUAAUAAGCUGAUUCAUGACAAAAAGAAAAUGGUAGGAAGUCUGAAAAAUCAAAAGACCUUUGUGUCUAUUGAUAAUCAACUAAAGAAGACUAUGAAGCUUCAAUUCAUUCAGAAACCAAGAUCAGGUCCUUCCAAUCAUGCAGUUCUUCCCAUCAAAGGUACAUCGACUACCUGUGCCAAGACAGAAACAAGCCACAUCAUUAAGAAUUUUUCAGGAGGCUUGGAAUCAGAAAAAAUGACAUUCUCUCAUGAAAAUGUUGUUGGUGAUCCAGUUACUUAUCAGAAGAAUGGAGGUUUAAUUUCUUCUUUACCUGAAAAAAGUGUGGAGGAGAAUAACAAAGAAAGCAUUCUCAAUGAAAUUUAUCAAUGCACAAGUGUUUCACACGAUAAAGUUCAGAAAUGUGAAUCACAAUCAUCAGUCACCUUCAACACACCUCAGGUUCCAUCCAAGUCUAAAAUUGGUGAGAUCAUUGAAAUGGUGGAAAUGAUGGGGGAAGAUGGACAGUGCCUAAAGGUAAAUGAUCCAUGUUUAUCAUCUGAUAAUCAGGCAGUAGUUGAGGAGCCGAAAACCUCCUCUGACACCAGUUCUGAUGAACAGCAGCCUAAUGUAAAUUCUAAGAGACAGAGCACGAGGAACCGAUGGAUGACACUUAAAGCAAUGGAAUCUAUGACAAAUGAAUUCUUGAAUGGGCCAAAGAGACAGAAAAGGAAACACAUUCAAACACACAAAGAUGCAUUUAGUGCUUGCCGCAGGGCGCGUACAAGCGGCGAAACAACCUUGGACUGUCAUAAUUUAGAUCAUGGACCUGCAAUUUUGGUAGAAAAAAAGCAUUGAAUGGAGAUUGCAUUAUACUUUUGGGAACCAUUAUAUUAAGUUAAAGAGUUUUAGUUCAUUAAACUUUGUUUCUUUGAGGUUACCUCAUCCUGAAGUUUUGGCUUUUACAAACAAAUUUAUUUUGAUAAGUACUGAUACUUCUCCUGUCUGACUUGCAAAUUAUGUUCUAAAUUUGUCGGAGUGAUUCAACAUACUGUAAAGAUUUUUUCCAUACUUUAAAGAAUGUUGAUGAGAUCAGUUUUAUGCUUUUAAAUAGAAAGAUCCCAACCUCAUUCUUGGCCCCAGUUUGCAAGUAACAUUCACUAAUAUUCUUAAACUAGGAAGAUGUUAUGUUUUUGUACAAUGAAUGGCAGCAAUAGCUUAAUAGGCGAAAUGAAUGUGUUUGGUGUGGGGCACAUG